GUCGGAUGUACACAUCGUCAAAUCUAAUACUCAGUAUCUUCAUUACUUGCAUAGAGAAAUCAUGUACGAUCCCAUGUCAAUGGGCGUGUGGCGUCCUCCGAUAUACUAUGCCAAGGGCAUUUCAAGCCACUUCCACAGGAACACUUGGCCUGUUCACAAUCAUACAAGACCAAGGAACCGUACGUCCAUCAAGUGCGGUGUUUUAUCACCUCCGUUCAUUAUCAUGCGUAUUCAACGCAUGUGGUCCUUCCGGUAUCUCAGUCGGAAUGUCUGGUAGUACCCAUUCGUAGUCAUGGACGGAGUCGAUCUUAAUGCGGAGUCACAUCUUGAACUACCUAGCGUGGUCGUCAGGAGAAUCACUCCAGCGCUCACGCCAAGGCACAAAGAUAGUCGUUGAAAUGAAUAUGGGCUAUAACACAGCAUCCCAGGGGAGCAGAUCAUCAUCGAUCAG